UGGUAACACUGGUGUGAUGUCGUCCGUCGUCGUCAAUAAAAACUAAAAAGUAAAAACAAGCUUUUUGUUAUAAAACUAUUUUUUUACAAAAACGAGAAUAUAACUUCGUUUUUAUUACACUGAUACUGUGUUAAUAUUAUAUUAUACAAUGGUGGAGGAAGAUGAAUACGCUUGUGUUAAUAGAGCACAAUUAAAAAUCAAGGACAACUCUGGAAUAAAGAAGAAAAAGAAGAAGAAGACAAACAAAGAAACGGAGAAAAUAAUUGAGGAGGAAGUAAAGCAACAAAUCAAGCAACAAGCAAACACGGAAACUAAGACAAAAGCAGAAUUGGCGUUCUUGAAGAUGCAGGAGAAAAUGAAAAAGCAAAGAAUCCAACAAAAGGCAGAAAUGACUCAUAAACAGCGAGUUGAGAAGUUUAACCAACACCUGGACAGCCUUACAGAACACUUUGAUAUACCUAAAGUGUCCUGGACGAAAUAGUUUAAAACAAUUUUAAGUUAUGAUAUAAGUUUGUAAUAAGAUUAGAAUAAAAACUGUCAUCAUAACAAACUGUUCCCUAUUGUUUCUAAUCUGAAAUUCAUUGUAUUGUUGCAUAAUCAUUGUGUUAUGCAAAAUCAACUGCCAUAAAAUUGGAAGUGUUCAUUUUAAGACAAUAAUUUUCUUUGCGUAUUUUAAUAUAGACAAUUUUUGCCACUAAAUAUUCAAGAAUGAAUAAAGAGCUUUUGUUAUGAAUGUG